GACCGAUGCGUAACGCGCACUUUCUGUGCGCUAUAGUUCAGUAUCAGGAAUCUGUCUCACAAACCCACAACAACAAUGCUGAGGAGGGAAAUAUCUCGGUCCUAUCAGGAGUUUAGUGAUGAUGAUGGUACAGAGCCCACAGAACCUUAUCAACAUUCUGCAGACAGCAAGGUGGAGGCAUCCCAGGCCAACGGGUCUGCAUUGCCUGAGGACGACCCCAAUGAGAAUAGCCCCAUACUGGCGCUGGACAAGAACUGUUUGAAGAGCUUCUUUUCCUGCGUUCUUAUUCUGAUCUACCUCACCCUGACGACUCUGGCAGCGUUUUUAGCCUAUCAAACCAUUAGUGACUUUUUGCACAAACUACAGCACCCGGUGAUGUCCGUCAGAUACAAAGAAGUUGAGGAGUUUGACCCCCCAGGUAUUGCUCUUUAUCCUGGAGCGGCAGAGCUGCUGAGCUGCAGGCACCACUACCAUGACCACAUCCCUCCACGAUCCCUACAGACGAACAAUACAGAAAAACAGCUCAGAGAGUCAGACUGCGUGAUGGACAUGGUCAACUAUACAGACCCUUACUCAAACCAAACAAAGAGACAGGCCAUGGUCAUCCAGGGCCCCACUGAUGUCCUGAACCGGGAGCUGAUCUUCCUGCAGUUCAGUCGCAAUGAAACGGAGGAGGACUUCAGUUACAUCAGCUACAUGCUGUUCGCCAGAUACAGUGACCUGAACAAAAGCAAGGACAAGGAGUCGUUCAUGAGGGAUUGUGAAGCAAACUACUCCAUGAGGACCUUCUCAGGUGGAUUUCGGACCUGGGUGAAAAUGUCUUUGGUCAAGACGUCAGGAAGAAAUGAAUCUGUGGAGUUUCGCCACGAGUCCAGUGUUGUGAAAUACAAUGACCGAAGAAAACCUGACGAGAAAACAAAUGAACUUUUCUUCGUCGUGUUCCAGUGGCGAGAUCCAUUUAUACAGGAAGUGAACGAUAUAAUCACAGCCAAUCCUUGGAACAUGUUUGGCAUUCUGUGUGGAGUCUUCAUGGCUCUUUUUAAAGCUGCCAACUUCGCAAAACUCUCUGUUCGCUGGAUUGUGAAAAUCCGCAAGAGACACAAGAAAGCGAAGAGAAGCAGGGAGCUAAACCAAGUAACCUGAAUUCUUGUCAAAGCAAAGGGGCGCAACAUUGUACAUUAUUCCAAGGAUCCACUAAGGUCAAAAUGAGGCACUUCCUGAAACUCUGUAUCAUUCAGAUACAUUUCAGUUGACAUUUCAAACUCUAACCCUGACCCAGUGGUGUAGUCUACUUUUCUGUGGUGGGUUGUUGCUGUAUAUUUGAGCAUUUUUUGAGGUGAGUAUACUGUAUAUAGCUAGUCAGGCUGCGCCCUCCUAGUGACGCAUCACCUUCGGUGGCGUUGCUUCUAGUCAGAUCGAAUCUCGAUUGCAAGUCUAUGAUAAUCAGGCAAGUAUAUAGCCUACGUAUAUGUGCUAUUCCAGUGGUACUCAACCUUUU